AUGCACGACGGCCGCUUCAUCGGCGACAAGGUGUGCGACAAAACUGCGAACUAUCCCGACAUCAAGUACUGCGCCGGCGGCUUUGGCAGCUCGUGCACAGCCCCUUCCGGCGUGUGUGAGGUCAAGACCGGCGCCAAGGCCUGCAGCAAGUUCGUUUGCAACAGCGGCAGCUGCCAGGAGGUGCCUGUCCCCGCUGCCGACAAGAAGGUGUGCCUCGCGGCCAACCCGUCAGAUCUUUGUGAUGUAGACGACAUCUGCGACGGCACCUCCCUGACCUGCCCCGCCAUGUUCAAGCCCCUGGGCACCGAGUGCCGCGCGGCUGAGACGUCCUGCGACGUGGCCGAGACCUGCUCGGGCAUCAGCAAGGACUGCCCUGCGGACGCCGUCAAAGACAAGACCGUCCCCUGCCGCGAAGCCAAAGAGUUUUGUGAUGUGACUGAGUACUGCACCGGCGACGUCGCCGCCAAGGCCUGCCCCACAGAUGUUGUCAAAGACAAGACCGUCCCCUGCCGCGAAGCCACUGAGUUCUGCGAUGUGACUGAGUUCUGCACCGGCGACGUCGCCGCCAAGGCCUGCCCUGCUGACGUCGUCAAGGACAAGACCACCCCCUGCCGCGAAGCCACAGAGUUUUGCGACUUGACUGAGUACUGCACCGGCGACAACACUGCCAAGGCCUGCCCUACAGACCUUGUCAAGGACAAGUCCAUUGUCUGCCGUGCAGCCGUGGGCGGCGACUCCGGGUGUGACAUUGCAGAGUACUGCAGCGGCUCCAAGGACGACAAAAAGUGCCCUGAUAACAAGUUCAAGCCCGCCGGCGCGGCGUGCGGCAACAAGGCUGACGGCGGCGUGUGCGACCUGGACGACGCUUGCCCCGGCAACACAGCCACUUGCCCAGAUCUCAGGAAGACGUCCGGCUACACCAUGAAGGCUGGCCUGUACACAUUUGUGUGCAACAUCAAAGAGUCAGACCUGGGCGUCAAUCAGGCCAAGACUGUCUGGCAGCUGGGCGGCUGCACUCUGGGCGCCGCCAAGGGCUACACCGCCACGCUCUCCGCAUACAAGAAGCUGGUGGCCAAGGCUGCUAGGGCCAAGAAGCAGGGCAAGGUGUCCACCGCAGCUGUCGUCAUGGGUGACAACCCUUACGUGAUUGAGAUGGACCCCACCACUUGCCUGACCCAGUGCCCGACGCUGAAGGUCCCGACCCCUGACGGAACCAAGGGCCUGAGCAAGCUGAAGCUAUCCUCAUGA